CUUAUUAUCUGAAACCUUCCCCACGUGGGCCACAGCAGAAAGAAAACAAAGUUGCAAAUAUGUCAAAAAACCAUAAAUAUUGUCAAAUCACUAAGACAAAUUUAUAAAAUUUCAAUAACCGAACAAGCUGAUUAUAUAAAAUGGAAUCAUUGGUUCAAGGUACAAAUGAUUCGAGUAUCGUCUCAAAACUUUCGAUGGUGCAAAGGGGCUAUUUUGAGGAUGAAUUCCUUCAAUAUUUUGUCAUGAAACCGACAAGGAGAGCACCGUUGAUCAACAUUGGCUACUUUGUACGAUCGCUUGUCGUCCAAACGGCUGUCAAGUAUUACCUCGAUUCAAAUUACAAACAGGUACUCUCCCUCGGAGCUGGUUUUGAUACGACUUAUUUCCGAAUUGUUCAUAACUACGAAGGCGUUACACAUUUCGAGAUUGAUUUCGUCGAUGUGGUAAAGAACAAAAUAUCCUGCGUUCAAGCAUGUGAUAAGUUGAAGCAAAUGUUGACAAAUAUACAAGAAAUCGCAGAUCCUGUAGGUGUUACAAGUGAUCGGUAUAACAUUUUUGCCCAGGAUCUUAGUGAUGUUCAAAUGGUUGAGAGACAUUUGAUGAAAUGCGGUUUUGAUUUUGAAAAGCCGACUAUAAUAUUUUCAGAAUGUGCUAUUACUUACAUGGAAGAAAACAGGUCGACAGAACUGAUCAGAUGGUCAGCACAUAAAUUUAAAAACGUUGUCUUUCUAAACUAUGAGCAGAUAAAUCCUGAUGAUGGCUUUGGGCAGGUGAUGAAGAGGCAUUUCAUAAAAAUUCAAAACCCUCUUAAAUCCCUAGACACUUAUAAAACUCCUGAAAGCCAAGAAGAACGUUAUUUGAAAUGUGGUUGGGAGCACUCUAGAAGCGUCACUGCAAUGGUCAUUUUCAACAGACUACUACAUCAUGAAAAACAAAGGCAAAUUUUUAACUUGGAGCCUUUUGAUGAAUGGGAAGAAUGGCACCUGAAGUGUUCUCACUAUACGUUAUCAAUUGCGAUCAACGGAUGCUGUAAUUAUCCUCAAUUUUUAACAAAAUCGCAGACAAAAAAAGGAGCAGAGAAACAUUUAAAUGUAGAAACUUCGACAAAAAUACAAAUUAACAGAUUUGCACAUUGUUCUUUUGUAAACAAAAAAAAACUUUUUGUACUGGGAGGAUUCGGCUGUCAAGAAACUCGUCAUGGGAGAAUAAAAGAACUGCUAAUUAUAAACUUAGAAACAGAAACAUAUCAAAAUGUUACACUUGAGUGCACAGCAGUAACGGAUUCAUUAUUUUCAACAUGUACUGUAAUUAAUAAUGACUGUGUAGUGUUUUAUGGAGGAAGAACUUCACCAUUGAAGGCCAUUAAUGAAAAACCACAUUUAAUAUUUUUCCAAGGCGAUGAAGUAAAAAUAAAGGAAUUAAAUGUUAAGCAUAAUUCACCAAGAGCAAGAUGGAGGCAUUCUGGCUCCAGCCUUAAUGGCUCAUUAAUUGUAUUCGGGGGAAGAACGUCAGAUCUUCAGGUUCUUGGAGACUGCUGGAAAUUAAAUAUUGUAGGCACAGAUGAAGGUUUAUGGGAGGAAUUGCUUCCGAUUGACAUCCAACCAGCCGAUCGGUUUUCACAUGCAACAGCAUCAAACAACAAUUGCAUGUACUUAAGCGGUGGUUUAAGCAAUGAAUUCAAACCUCUUGGAGAUGUCUGGAAAAUGGAAUUAAAGGCAUUGCAAGAGGGAACAUUUGCUCAUUGGUCUAAGCUCACAGUGGAAAUCAAACCAAGAUACGGUCACACUAUGCAUUUGGUUUCAAAUACCCUGCUCUUUUUCGGAGGUGUUAGUACAACUGUUGCACAACCGGUUUGCACAUUGCUCCAUUUGGAAACUUUAAUCUUUCAGGAAAUAUCGCUAUGUGUCGAUUUUGACAAACCUUACAUGUUUCAUAAUCACACAAGUGAGCUACAUGAGGACAACACAAUUUAUAUAUUGGGCGGUGGAGGAAAUUGCUUUUCAUUUGGCACAUUCUUCAACUUGGUUACAUUAAAAAUAAAUCUAGUAAAUCUAUUGCCAGGCCUGGAAAUGUGAUGUAGAUUGUUGAUUUGUUAACGUUUAAUAAAUGUACAUUUAUCUUUUUUACCCCAA